AUGUCAUGCAACGUCUACGUAUAUUUUGUUUCCCAGGGAAGUUAUGUAAGAAAGGAAUCAAAGCUGUUGUUGAAAGUCUUGAAAGGUACAUUUGAGGUUGCUUGCGCUUCCAGCCCGAAAUGUCGAAAAUUCCGGCUCCUCUCCACGCCACAUAAAUGCUCGUUUACGUCACGCCGGAGGUAAAGAUUUUUCGGGCUGUGAUGUACACUUGAGUCCGUGAUAUAUCCGACCGUGGCCAUGGAAAUGUGAAAGAAGACAUAUCCUCGUAGUUUACUUGAUCAGCUCAACAGGCCACUUAUUCUGUGGGAGAGGACACAAGCACAGAAAAUGAAUAAGCAUGUUUGUUCAUUUUCUUUUCGUGUGUGUGUUUGUCCUCUAAGACUCGUCAUUUACAUGCUGAAUUUUAAUAUAUCGAAGGUGGCCUAUUGGAAAGAAUGUUGCGUCCGGUCGGUUCGCGUCCCGUUUUUUUUCUUCUUCUUAUUCUUCAGGUCAGGUUCAUUUUUAUCGGCUUAGGUUGUUCCUUUAACUAUGAGGCUUCACCCACUUCCAUACAUCUUCUUUCCGGCAUUGGAAUUUCACAUUUAUGACUUGUUUCAUGUAUUAAAUUCAGAUUCUAUGUCAACCUUUAUCCUUAGUGGUUCAUACUUACAUAAGUUUAUUUCUCAUCAGACCGACCAGUUUCUUGAAGCUUUCUUCUUUCUUUCUCCUUUUCUUUCCUUCUUUUUUUUUCAGUUUUUGAUAUUCCUAUUGCUUCAGACUCUAAAAUAAUGGCUACACUUGCAAAUUACACUUUGUAAAAGUUUUAUUAGGUUGACCCCUGAACUACUUAAAACAAGCUCCGCCAGGGUUUUGGGAAAGACAAAUUAGAAAAGUAGGGGGGCAGGGGUGGGGGUUUAGCUCUCUAUUUAUGGCCGAUUGCCCGUGUAAGAUUAUUUUUUUCCCACCUCCACCAUCGCUUUUUAAUGGUCAGUCCCUGAUUUUUUUCAGGCUUCUUCUUUCCAAUUGCUUAAAUUGGAAAAUUUACUGCGAUGAUCCUUCUUCACUUUCAUUUAGAACCGCAGUUCAAAAUGAAUUAUUACUUCACAUCAGUAUGUUAUCGGGUGCUUUUAUAGUCGACAUAAUCUCUUUUUUGUCUCUUCUUAUGUUGCCUAGAGGGACAGAAGGCUUGUUCUUGCUACACUUUUGAAGGUGAGAUGACCGACAAAAUGUUGAACUGGAAAAAGGCAAAUGAAUCUUGUGAAGCUACAAAGAAACACCUUGUUGUCAUGGAGACAGAGAGAGAGUGGCAAUUCAUUACCGACGAAAUUAGGAAGCUAGAUAUCAAUCAUAAUGAGUGGCACAUUGGUUUGUUUAAUGUGAGUGGAAACUGGACCUGGAUCAAUGGUAAACCUCUAACUUUAAGCAAAUGGCAAAAAAAUGAACCUCUCCCUAAGGACCUUUACGGUCUGAUUCAUAAGAACUUUCCUUCAGGUUCUUAUGGGACAUUCAGCAGCAAUACGGGAGUUGUACAUAGAGGUUAUAUUUGCGAGCAAGAAACAGGUAAAACUAAGUCACAUUUAGGUGUACUCUAAAAUGUGCUUGUUGUUGACGUAAAGUCAGUGAAAUUAUCCUUAUUUCAUUUCACCUUCAGACCAAGUGGCCUCUUGACAGACGGUCAACGAGAGUAACGUUUAAGGGUUUGUGGUGUUCUUAUUGUGUUCACUAUAACUUGAAGCACAGUAAUGAUAAUUGCCACCCAAUUCCAAGCUGUGGUUGCUCUAAAUACAGUGAAAACGAUGUGUCCUUCACUAAUUAAUUAUUUUAACCAAACUUAAAGGGGUUACGUGACACUAUUUGCUUAAAAAAGCUUUUUUUCGCAUCUAUUGAAUUAACAAUAAUAAUGUUAAUAAUAAUAUUUAUUUACUUAUAUAGCACUAUAACCAUAAAAAUAAUGCCCUAUAGUGCUUCCCAGAGAUAAAAACCUGCCUUACAAUAUAAAAAUGGCUUACAAAUAGACUCUAACUAUGUAUUAAAAAAAAGGCUGGAAAAAACAAAGUUUACAACGAAUGUUAUUAGAGCCAGAAAAGGCUAAAAAAAUACAGGUAUUCAAAAAUUAUUAAAAAUUAAAUCUAAAACUACAACCUAGAGCUGAAAAUGGGGAAAAAAAGGAAAAAUUUACAGCUGUUUAAAAAAAUAAUUUAAAAUUUAAAUCUAAAAGCACUAAAACAGAACGUAUAUACCUAAUUCCAAAAUUAAUGUUUCAGUUUUGUUUUGCAAGAUUAUAUUUAGGGCAUUCAAACAGAACGCUAAGCAAAAAUCUUUAAUAGCAUAUGACCAAUUUACAUUCCACUAUCAUAGACUAAAAUUUUGAUGAAAGAAAGAUAUCAAAAAGAUCCUAAAAUAAUAAUUUACAAGCUCACGCCAUUAUCACCUUCUUAAAUUAGCGGACACACGCUUGGCUAGCGUUUAAGCGGCAGUCAUCAAUGACAUCCCCUUGUGGAAUUUUAUGGAAGGGUGUCCUCACUGUGUCCUGGAACCUCUUACGCAUGUGUGUACCGACCUUAAAAUCUCAAUGUGAUAAUUAUGGUUCCUCAUUCUUUUCUGAGAGCUUCUCGGCUAGGCGGUUGAGAAAGCAGUUGCAGUCGGCUCCCAUCCCACCGUUGGUUCCAAAACUAGGGGAGAUCCCAUUUCAACGUCCAGCAGCCUCUGUUGGUACUUCCGUUUUUUCUCCUCCUCCUUAAAGAUUGUGGAUUUUCUUUUUCCUGGUUACACUUGGAGUUAAUUAACAUGCGUUACUCUGACAUCAAAAAUUGCUGUAACUCCACGAGACCAAAAGCCCCCUGCCUUCAAGUCCAGCUUGCCUCCGGGCUUGUUACCUCGCUUCUGAGGUUGAAUCGCUCAUUAUCGAGAGGUUGUAGUUUUGGUUCGACUUCAACGUUGGUGCAAACCUUACCAAUGAGUGAGGUAAGCAGGUUACGAACACCAUCGUGUCUCUGCGCCACGAACCCUCCCUUUUUGCAUGACAGGGCGUGGCAGUCGGUAUACUUCUCACCACAAACACACUUGCAUGGUAAUUCGGACAAGGGCAUAUUAUACCUAAACGGAGAGCGUCUCUGAAUUAUUAUUUAUUCAGCACUAAACCUUGAUCGACAAGAGGCACUGCGGUAAGCCAUGAGCUCGCACCCUUGCCUCUCGAUCGAUUGGUUAACUGACCGCAGCAGUUCCGAGGGUAGAGUGAAAUCAAUACUUUCCAUUCACGAUUUCACUGACGCAGUUUUCAAGGCUUCAUGUUGUACGUCUUUGUAACUCCUCCGUGGAAUUCUCGCCUGCCACCAUGAACAUGCUCUGUGCGGUGCUGUUAUUGACGUACUUGGAAGCAGCAAACUGCAGUGGCGCUUCAGACCGUAAGUCGGGUACUCCUAGCCCUCCUUGAGCGGGUGUCAACGUAACGAGCUGACGCAGUUCACUAGGGAGGGGCUCCGCUUGACCGAAUACUGUUGGGAGAAGUAAGUCGUCGAUCGCCACUUAGAUAGGGUCAACGUAAUCUUCAAACGACUCUAUUGUGCGCACGAAAUCGGAAAACUUAAUUGGAUUUCUAACCCUUCAUUCAAACUGUUUCCAGUCGUCUUUUGCAACGGAUGACAAGGAAGGACAUGGAUUUAAACCUUUUUUUUAAUACUUUGCCUGCAAAAAUCAACAAAAAAGUUAAUAUGGUAAUAAUAACAAUAAUAAUAAUGAUAAUAAUAAUAAUGAAUAAUAAUAACAAGAAGGAAAGAAGUUGAACAAUAAAAGACAUCGCUUGCCUAUUAGACCAUCGAGUUAAUCUUAAAGAACAGGAAAAAAUCGAAAAUUAAUAAUAUACUUAAAAAGAGAGCUGAAGCGUCUGUGGAAUAAAGAAUUUGUGCUUGUACCGAUCAUCACUGGUGCCCUAGAAACAGUCAGUAAAAGAUUCCAUCUUUAUCUAAAGAAAGCAGGACUCAUUAUAACAGAAAUGGCCGUUUUCACACUAGAGACGGAUUAUUCGUGUGAGAUUGGUUAUCUGUUUGAUAAUUCGCGUCAGAUAGGUAAUACGUCUUAAUUUGAAAUGGAAAGGGUUUUAAUUUUGAAUGAACAAUCCGCCUGACUUUAUCCGUUAAUUUUGACGGACAGUUUGAAGAUAGAUUAUCCGUUUCAAAAAGCCUGUGUACAACCGCCCCCUCCCCCCAGAAAAAAAAUCGGAGAAGGGGUUUCGGUGGGGGAGGGGGCGACUGUGCACAGGCCAGUCUCAGACGGAUAAUCCAUUUCUAGUUCCAGUUUGAAAACGACCAAUAACAAAAUUCCCGUGUCCAAUGUUUUUAAUGAUAGCGAAGGACUGUACAGAAAGACUGUCUGCCGUUGCCUUGUCCAUAGGCCUCAUUAUUCCGCGCGUCUAACGCGUUUCGGGUCACGUGGUCCGAGCGAGUUUUUUUCUCAGAUACGCCACCGAAAUGCCUUCACCGAGAGAUUGCGUGGGAAGACGCCGAACAGGGACGAGGCAUGGCAAUGUCUACGUUAGCGUCAGAGAAAAACAGGGAAUUGUUGUUUAUCGGCUGCGUGUUUUACAAACAGUGACAUCUCUAGGUGUUAUUUUACUAGUAUUUCGACGGAACGACCUCCUGAAAAUCGCAAAUUUUAAUCCCCAGCAAGAAGCGAGAUUUUCACUAUGGAAAAAAUUAGUUCCCCGAGAGAGCGGCGGAAAUGGAGUUUAGGUCUGUACGGAGUCAAAAUAGCCGGGAAAUAAAUAACGCAACCAUGAGUGAGUUUAGCAGCUGCACCUUCCUUAAAAUUAACAAAGCUAGGGAACAAUUUCUUUUACGGUUAACUCUUUUUUACCCUAUUUACGCCUAACGGUUAAAAUUUUUCAAUCUUCACGGCUAUCGACCAAAUUUUUGGCCGUUUUACGCCUGUCAUUUAACCCCAUUAAGACCCUCUUAUAAGAAAGGUGAUGAAUACCUAAGGUGACGGGAGGUCACCUGGUACCAGGGAAUGAUCCGGUUGGACGACCAAGAAAACCUUGUGAACUGACAAUAUAUACUAUAGUAAUAGCUCUCAUUACGCAUUUCGCAUGCGCCUUAGUACGUUUACAAAAGUGUUACUAGUAUUGAUAUUAAAAAUAGCUACGUUGUAGGUACACGUAUUUUUCUAUGUGUAUUUAAAAAAUGAUAAUAAUAAUACCUCUUCUGUGGUUUAUAACAGGCAACUAACAAAAUGCUUGUUUGAACGGGAAAGUUUUUAAAUUAGACUUAAUAAAAUCUGAGUUUGGGAUAUGUCUUGGUAGUUGAUUUCACAACCGUGGUGCGUCAAUUGAAAAGUCUGUCUCUAUAAAUAUGUAGUAAGAUUAGAUCUAGGCAUAGAUUUUGUUAGUGCUGUUUGAUAAAAUUUGUCAUUUUGUGCACGGGUCAAAGGCACUAAGUAAUAAUCUCUGCGCGCAAUUGACUUUAAGCGUGUUCACUCUACAGCUAUGUCUUUGUGACUCGCCCGUUACUGGCUAACGUCUUUGCAUGAAGGUGGUCGCAGCGGCCAGCCACUUAAUCGCUUAACUGAUAGGAUGCUGUUUGAUCAGAGCUCACUUAAAAAGUCUGGAAGACAUUUGGUCCUUGUGUUGUUGUUGUUUUAACUGACUUUAUUUUUCCCUUACAGAUAACUGUAAAGGAAACAAAGCUGACAAUAAAACAGUCUGUUUGAGACGAUUAUCGUCGCAAGUUUUAUUCAAGACUAAGUUCCCGAAUAAGUUAUGUUUUGAACUUUACGUAUGAAAAUAUCAAACGCUUUUGGUGGCCGUCGGAAUACACUCUCGCUGUCAGUAAACUGUGCCUGUUCAAAAUACCAUCAUCGUCCUUCACCGUUUCCGGAAAAACAAUUAAAAGCUAUUGCUACGGCACAGAUCUGAAAAAUAAAAACGGUUCCUUGCAUCCUUACGGUGGCCUACAUGUUAAACAUAAACUUGUUUUCGAGAAAACCUGGCAAAAGUGUUGACCAAUCAGAGCGUGCCAUUUACAAAAACGCGAUUUCAAAAUAAAAACAGACGACCGCGUUGCAUCAAGGUUGGCAAUGGGCCUUUAAUUAACUUUUUUUCUCCCCUUACAGAUAACUGCGACAUAGCUGACAAUAUAAGUGUCUGUAUGAGACAUUAUAAUGUGACGAAACCUACUGAAAGACCGCAAACCAGAACAACCUCAUUACUUCAGUCCACUGCCACAAAAACAGACAGUACAAGUUCAGCUACCCAACCACCGGUGCCAGGUUUGCCAAGCAACAUGCUAAUGCCUUUUCAUUCAAAGUUGUUGCCGAAUUUGAUAUUUGCUAUGAAGCGCCGGAACAUUGGAGCUGAGGGGCUUGUCAGAAAUUAGCAGGGGGCGGGGAGGGGGUUGGAAUUUUAAAUGUGGGUUCGGAAAUGAGGUGACCCAUCCCUGCAAUGGGAGUGAAAUUUGUUAACCAUCCCCUUCACCUUGGCCUAAAAUAUCAUGACCCUCCCUCUCUUAUAUAAAUGAUAAAAUCUAGUUCUCGCAAUACACUACGGUCAGUCAGUAUUAUGAAAGCCGCUCAAAAUAUAUUUCUAAUCUAUUCUUUGUAAUGCCAUAUACAUACAUUUUAGGUGACAGCAUUAAGAGCCCGACACUCAUUCUGACGGCUGAUCAUUCGACUCUCCUAUUUCUUGAAUAGUUGAAAACGUUCGGUUUUAGUUUUUUCUUUUCUUCCUUUUUUUAGGUUUUGAACCUUGCAAUGAACAUGGAUUUUAAGUUAAAUACGUGAAUAAGAUGGACAUACGAUUUAAUGUAUCGCGUGUAUCGUACUUACUUAUAUCACACAUUUUUGUUUCUUCUCUUUAGCAUAUUCAAACCUACGAUUAGGCUACGAGGAUAAAUAUGACACAAUGGUUGUAGUAGCGGCAACGUUGGCAGCAUUGUUAUUCAUCGCACUGAUUGCACUUGCUGUAGUGUUGUUUCUGUGGUGCAAAACAAGACAAUCAAACGGUAACUUAAUUGUACAAAUGAAUACUGUGUCAUUAAUUGAUGUUAAUAACUUCAAUUUAGACUAUUUCCUUUUAAUUGUUAGCUGUGUUUUUGAAAGGAAUCAGAGCCCGAGGAGACUCCUUUGUAGUAAUGAUACAAUAAAUCGGUUGCGGAUCUGCUAUUUCGAAAUUAUAUGAUAGUGCCUUCUAUUCCGAUAAUUAGGUUUUAAUUAAACAACUCUUCUUUUUUUUUUUUGUCGCUGUUUUUGUUUAUCUCAGUAAAGCUAGCUCUAAGCAAUACCUAAUACCUAACUGGGUUUCUGUCUGAUAAGAAACACUGUAAGUGAUACCCUGAAAAUGGACCCUUUUUUUAUUACAGUUUAUACCCUUAACUCUGUGACGUUAUUAUGUUACGCACACAAUUCACGUGAUUUAGUUUAGCCAAUUGUGUCAGAUUACUCCCGGCACACUUCACUUGCAAGUUGUUGAAGCUUGAAGCUUCGCUUUCAUUGACGUUUUGAGAUUCCAAGUGCCUUUUGUGCCGUUUAUUUGAACUAAAUCUUAACAUGCAUGGUGUCAGAAGUGGGAUGGUGCUCUUUUUAAUUCAAAAGAAUUUUCAGCCUUUGCCACAAUGUCAAGUUUGAACACGUUACCAGUCCCCCAGAGUAUACGCUGAGUAACGGCAAAAGGGAAAAUGCAAUUAAGACGCAGCAAAAAGUCUGAUAAUGCGAGGACCAACUCAGAUAUCAAUCCAGCAUGCUUUACCUGACUGGCUAAAAACCCCAACCAAAGCUUAUGAAGAGUUAGCCUGCUUAAGGGAUGUUUGGUAGACGCACCAGAACAGCGUGCCGACCUCAAGAGAACUCCUGAAACCCAAGUUAUUCAGAGAUGUCAGAGAGAGGAUGCUGGAAAGGAAACAAGUCCAGACACGCUAUUAGAUCCGAAAAUGCGAGCCUCACGAAGCAAUUGAUGUUUAUAAUACGUUACCGCGGGUUGGCAACCCCGUAUCGCUGGAAAUAGCAUUCGUCGAAAAGUGUGACAAUAGCCUAAAAUUGUUGGAUACUUUUCGAUCUGCUGAAGCAACCAGCGCUCACCUGAAAGCGAUUGGCGGGAAUCAUCACAUGUAGCACACCAUUCGGAAAUGUCAAUUUCUUAAACAAGCCUGGAACGUCGAAUCUGCUACCCACGCAGCAAAGGUCAGAAGCCCCGUUAAAAUAGCUCCUACAGGAGCCUAAAGAAGAACUAUUUAAAUGCUGUCAACAUUUCUGAAGAAGUCACGUCAAGCAGCGCACUAAAUUAAUGUCCCUCGUUUGGAAAGUUGUACGGUAAAUGUCAAAAGCCAAAUCAUUUCUUAGAAAUGUGCCACAGUGGUGAGGGUAAAUUAAGGUAGCUGACCUUGGAGCGGUGUUAACACGGUUGAUUCAGAAAAUUCCUCCGAAGGUGAAUUAUAGUCCUUAACCUUUCACACGAGUAGCGGUAGAGGGAUGAUUUGGGCCGUUUUGGUGUCUAGUAAGUGUCUAGCAAGGCCUAGUGAAUGACGUUACCUCAUUAGUAAAACAUAUGUGUCUAUAGUCACUGUCUUCCUGCAUACUAAUUACUGUCAAACUCAGGAAAACCUGAAAAAUUUAAGGAAUGUUGAUUGUGUAUUCGCCAAUCGAAAUAAAGUUCAGGACACGCGAGCAAACCUCAAAAGCACAAACUAAUUACCGUUGCUGUUUGCGGUUUUGUUAUCAUGCGCCUUAGAGUAUGUUUAAAUGUCGCGGGUCGCGACUCGGGGGUAGAGGUAGCGGGUGCGGGUGCGGGUGCGGGUGCGGGUAAACAUAAAUCACCAAAUUUAACAUUGAAUUAUCAAUAAAUUAAAGGAAAAUUUGAUUAUGUUUCAAAGAAGAUUUGCAAUACUUUGUUUGUUUUUGGUCAACAGGUCAUAACGAGGAAGCCUAGUUAUUUAAAGCUAACUAAGGGCGAUACAAAGGAAAAAGUCACUAAAGAAAGAUCGUCAUGAUUAAAACUACAUUGGCUAGUUAAAUUUGCACUAAGUAACCGAGCUACUGGCGUUUGGCCUGUGGGAUUUGUAGGGGAGAAGGUUAACGUUCUGAUAGAGAAAAGAAAAGUAUCUCGGGUUCACGUUCUCUCCAAAGCUUGAAUUUGGUCAUUUUAUGUAGCUGUUUUGCAGACUGCAUGACUUUUUCAAAAGUCAUUCAGUGUUUUUUAUGGUUCUGGUAUUGCGCACGAGCUCCCGCUCCGACGCCAAGUGUGGAUAUGUGAUGACUUGUCUUGGUGGUUGAUUCAAAAAACUUUCCGGGGAUUGCACCCACUCCUCUACCUUGUAUGCCCAAGGUUUUAAGGGUACUUGAAGUUGCAAUAUUACAAAAAAGUAGUUGACCCUUUGCUGACCUCUAUAUUACCUAUAUGUAGCAGCGAAGUGUAUUGAAAAGGAGUGUAAAAAUUCAGAGCCCGCUUUAAACAGACGAAUUCCCAUUGGACUGUAAAACUUACUUUAACUAAUACUUCUUUCUUUCUUUUUUCUGCAACUCAAGACAAAUAAAAUUAUUUUGGGGGCAUAAAUGCGUAAUCUGGCAGUUGGGUUUUUAUCAUCACCAUGUUGCGAGUGAUCAGUCUUAAAUCUUAUUUCCUCCAUGCCUAAGUAAAUGCGCUAACAGUGUUUCUCAGUUUUUGGAAAAAUCAAAAUUUUGUCAGGACCCCCCUCCCCUCCCCCCAAUAUCUGAAAAUUGGCAAGUGAAACGAGGGUUUAGCGCUGUGGUAGGUUAGACAGAAAAGAGUUAGGGGGUAAUUACAUGAGACCGGGACGAACUCAGGCCGGUAAAAAUUGUAAUUUUUGCAGUCGUUUACAUGAGACCGAGACAAAACGAUACGAAAGCAGGAGAUUCUUGGAUGUAUACUAACUCUCUUAAGUCGAUUAUUUAACAUAUUAUUCGCUGCCUGUCCUAACUGGUACAAAUUUACCCCAAUUACGACAGUGAGUAGAGAACUGAGAUUUUACUGCUCCCAGAAAAUUGUAAACUUAGUCUAACGCUCAUCUGGUGGCAUGUUAUAUGCACAGCAUCUCAUAUUGGUGCAAUCCCUUAAUUAACCGAAGCAUAUAUUCAAUUGAAGCUACUUCCAAGUCUUGUUUACAGUUAUUCAUAGCAGUGUUCUUAUUUUGCGUAGAAAAAGCAAAAAUGAUAGAGCCAUACCAAGAAACAUGCUAUUUAUAAACCCGGUCAGAGAUUUAUUUCCGUUUUACAUGAGAACUGUACAACCUCAGACCGGUACAAAAGUAAGGCCUGUUUCGAACAUCGAUCGUGCUACUGCCGUGCUAAGCUGGCUCGACUGUAGCUUGACUGCAGCAAGACACUAGCACGACUUGGUUUCCGACGUCGAAUUUAGUUCAGUCGAAUAGAACGGCUGUUGCCGAAAACAACACACACAAAAAGAAACGGUUUAGCAAACUUUUAUUAAGACAUUUACCAGAUGGUAAAUGUAGUUAAUGGAACAUGAAGCCCAAGGGGGGGGUAGGCUAAGGUAGCCUGCCCCAAUGUAUGCUCUGUUCGAUCUUUAAAGCCUUAUUUAUGAAUGAAAGCACACUAAUUUUAAGAUACAAACAAAAUUGUUCGUGGUUGGAACCUGACUAAUUUGUCGUAUGUUUGUCAUCAUAUUUUUCUUAGCAUCGUGCACAUUGGUCCCUGUUUUCAAGGCCCUGUUAUUCGUGGCUAGACUUUAAUCAUCAUAAGACUAGGUAGCUUAUGGUACAACUGUAUUCAUUGGUCGAGAUUUGAGACACUGUCUAGCUAUAAAGUUCUGCUAUUUCAGACCUGGUCAUUAUUCGCCUAGCUUGCACGAAAGCAAACAGUUACAGUAAUUUUAUAUUCUAAUUUAUUUAUAAUUUAUGAAUUGAGUUCGGCACGGCGGUCGCACGACGUUUGAAACCAAGUCGAGCUACUGCCGUGUGGUUUGCCGUGUUACACGGCAGUAGCACGACUUGGUUUCACGUUAGAUUUGUGACAAACAACAUCAGCCUCACUAGUAACCUGUACUCCUACAAUCAGACAUUGGGAAAUUCAAAAUUUAAUGUUUCGACACCAGUAGACCAUUUUGUUCCCCGACUUUUUAAGGGCUCAAAACAUGGUUCGAGUUAUCAAGGGUAAAAUUACAUAGAAAUGAUCUGAGGGAAACAAAAACUACUUCGAGUCAUUGACUAGACCUUGCUAGACACUAACUAGAUACCAAGCGGCCCAAAUCAUCCCUCUACCACUACUGACACGUUAAGGAAAAGAGAGCCUUGUUGAAAAGAAAAUCUUCGCGACAAUGGAAAUCGCAGAAGAAAGUGUUCAAACGCAGAUUGACACAGGCGCGCCAUAUCAUGUGUUGCCUUACACGUUUGUGCCUCCAGGAAGAAUGAAUACCUAGUCUGACCGUACUUUGAAGAUGCCAUCAUCAUUAUCUCAAUUAGGUCGAUAAGCCGGUUUCGCAUACACCAACCAGUUUCAAUCUGAGGAGGUUUGUUUGUGAUUUCCUUGUAUAGCUCAUAGGGGCCUGACUGUAGCCUCUGCACUAGUAUCUGCUUUGAUCUGUACAUCCAUCUCAGCGAUUAUGAGAUCAAUUAAGCUCUAGAUUUUUUUCGAGUACCGGAGACACUAUCCAGCUCAACAGAUCCAAAACAUGUGCGCACAUCAAUGGGGUCUAAUUUUCCACGGCUACAACUUGUUAACCUUCAGCACUUAAGUCUUUGCACACCUUCUUACAUUUGUUGCAUUUUUUCCAAGUGAAGGCCGGGCAGCGAGAUGAUUGAGUAAAUGGGUGCUUAUUACCACAACACUUACAGGAAGCGAGCAGCUGUCCUUUUUUCAACCUUGAAGUUUCUAAUAGAGUGAAGUGAACGUUCGGUACGAGCAACUUUUGGUGUGUUAAACUUGUACUUCUGGAUGUACGGCAAUAAUUGUCAGUAGCUUGCCACGUCAAAUCUGGCAUCUUCAGCAGUUGGCUUUGCAAUUCAUCUGAAAAAACUCCUCCCAGGAUACGAUCAUGACACCAGUCGCCCUCUAAAUUACAUUUUAGCACCCUGAUACAAUUCCUUGAACUUGUGCAUGACAAACAUCUUGCAAUGUUUGUUUUUGUCACCAGUGAACUAAAAGUGGCUGUAUAUUCUUUGAUGGCUUCCGGUCCGGCAUAAUGUAAUAACUUAUUCAUCUUCAGUUGGUCCGCUUUAUCGUCUUUGCCUUUACGACAACGAAUAUCUCAAAUCCGCCAGUUCUCAGCAGCAUUAGCGUCAGGCGCCGAAUGGGCCAUGAUGCAAGGGACAUCCGUGAUUCUCGAUCGGCCAUCAUGAACACUCCGAAACAACUCAACAAGAAAAAUGUUUGUCCCAUCAGCUCGUUCAAUAAUUUUUCACAGUUCACUGUCAUCCCACCUCUUGCCGAGAGCUACUGUAUUGCACUCAGCAAGUCAAAACACAACGCGCAUGGUCGCCCAUCAGUCGGGGGCUCCUAAAGGCGAUCCCCAAAGGUUCCAAUGCUACAACACAUGCUGAGUAUAAUGAUUAUUAUAAAGAAUG